CUAUUAUAACUUCCCAAACGAAUCUCACCACUCACACCGUCAGAUACCACACGGGCUAUACAUUACUCUCUCUCGGUCACUAUAGUUCCUCACUCACUGAAUGUCUCAGUCCAACUAACUCUCUCGCUCACGUGACCACACCACAUACACCUUCAUCCUAUCAAUCACUGUUACAUAACUAGAAUAUAAUUAAGCAAAGGAAACAUUUGUCUUUAUAAUAAUCUUAUAUAUCUUUCAGUUCCCGACAGUUUUAAAUGUAAAUUUCGAGUUAUUAUGAUUAUUUGUUUUUAAAAAUUUAUUGUUUUCACAGACAAUGAAAACCAAAACUUCUUGGCAUAGUCACGACAUCAGCUUUUCCUCAAAGUUCUGGGAACAGAGUUAUCCAGUGUUGUGUAUAAACGGGCGAUUCCAGAAGACUUCAGCGCCCGCGAAUUACAUAAACUUUGCCUGCAAUACAUUAGAUUUGAUUCAAUGAGAUAAAACCGAAAAUGCUCAAGACAAAAACAUUUGUAAAGAAGACCCGUAAAGGGGGUGUCAUGAAAAUCGUUCGAGAGCAAUAUCUUCGUGAUGAUGUAUGGUGUGGGGUUAAGGAUUGCUCACAAUGUUCUCAAAGUAUCAAUGAGACAGUACUGGAAGUUAAACCUGAAAGUAAUUCGUCACUUUUUAAAUAUCCACACUUUGUUGUUCCAGACACAAAUAUCGCUCUUCACCAGAUUGAUUUUUUGGAAGAUUUUGGAAUCAGAAAUAUCAUUUUAUUACAAACAGUACUAGAUGAGGUUAAGCAUUUGAAUGCGUCUAUAUAUAAGAGAAUUCGUGAUAUAAUACCAUUGUCUCAGAAACGUUUCUAUGUAUUCUCAAAUGAAUUUUGCAAGGAAACAUAUGUUGAACGUGAAAGAGAUGAGUCUGCUAAUGAUCGGAAUGACAGAGCAAUACGCGUUACCUGUAGAUGGUACAACAAACAUAUUGAAGAUAAUUUUAAUGGAGAUGAUCAAAAUGAAAUGACAAGGAUUGUGUUAUUGACAAACGAUGCUGCAAACAGAGAGAAAGCAUUGAAUGAAAAUGUACAGUCUUGCUCAGUUCAAGACUAUGUCAAAUCACUCAAGGACAAUGGUGAACUGCUAGACAAGUUGGCGUGGGAAGACAGCAAUUCUGGCAGUCAGUCAGUUGACGGAAAAUCAAAGCAAAUUUUAUAUCCUGAACAUUUACCGCUAAGCAAACUGCAAUCCGGUGUGAAGUCUGGGAAAUAUUUUCAGGGAAAAUUUUUCGCAAGCAGAGACAACUACUUGGAAGCAAGUGUUUCUGUUUACGAGCAAAACGAACAGAUAUUUAUCCAGGGCUUGGAAAACCUUAAUCGGGCCGUGAAUGAAGACAUUGUUUGCGUUGAAGUUCUGCCUGAGAAGGAGUGGUCAUGUCCUUCGUCAAUCGUUAUUGAUGAAGAAAGUAAAGAGGAAGAAGCGGAAGAAAGCACCGCUAAACAGAAUAAUCAAAGAAGCAAGAGAAAGCAAAAAUCAGGAAGAGUUGUUGGGAUAAUUAGAAGGAAUUGGAGACCAUACUGUGGCGUCUUAUCCCCCUCUCCUAAUCCGCAGGCAACCAGGCAUCUUUUUGUUGCUGCUGAGAAGAGGAUUCCUCGAAUACGAAUUGAGACGAGACAAGCGGAUAUUUUGAAAGGACAAAAAAUCAUUGUCAGUAUCGAUUCGUGGCCAAAGAAUUCCAAGUAUCCAGUUGGUCAUUUCGUCAAAAAACUUGGCACCAUCGGCGAUAAGGAGACAGAAAACGAAGUUUUACUUUUGGAACAUGAGAUUCCACAUUUGCCGUUUUCGACAGCAGUUUUAAAUGAUCUUCCAAAAGAAACGUGGUCCAUUAGUGAGGAGGAGAUAGAGCUACGUAAAGAUCUUCGAAAUUUACCCAUCUGCAGUGUUGAUCCACCCGGCUGUACUGAUAUUGACGAUGCUCUUCACUGGAGACAACUGCCAAAUGGAAAUUACGAGGUUGGUGUGCACAUCGCUGACGUAACUCACUUUAUUCAUCCGGGAACUGCCAUAGAUCAAGAGGCACUUAAUCGUGGAACAACAGUAUAUCUAUCAGAUAGACGUAUCGACAUGGUUCCAGGUUUACUAAGCUCUAACUUAUGCUCGUUGAAGUCGAAUGUUGACCGGCUUGCAUUCUCAUGCAUUUGGGAAAUGACACCCGAAGCCGAGAUUGUGGAUACGACUUUUACAAAAAGUGUAAUCCGCUCACAGUUCUCAUUCACUUAUGCUGAAGCUCAAUUUCGAAUUGACGACAAAGCACAGAACGACGACGUUACAAAAGGUCUCAGGAAUCUCAAUGCUCUAGCGAAAAUUCUUAAACAAAAGAGAAUAGACAAAGGGGCAUUGACCUUGGCUUCACCCGAAAUAAGGUUCCACAUGGAUAGUGAAACACAUGAUCCAAUUGAUGUUGAAACAAAGGAACUGAGAGAAACAAAUUCUCUCGUUGAAGAAUUCAUGUUGCUGGCAAAUAUUUCAGUGGCAAAGAAAAUUCUGAGCCACUAUCCAGAAUAUUCGGUACUCAGAAGACACCCCUCACCUCCACUCUCUAAUUAUGAACCACUAAUUAGAGCUGCUAAGUCCAAGGAUGUGAACAUAGUGGUGGACACCGCGAAAUCAUUGGCUAUCUCGUUGGAGGAAGCUACUUUACCAGAAUUUCCAUUCUUGAACACUUUACUUCGUAUAUUGACGACAAGAUGCAUGUUACAAGCCGUGUAUUUCUGUUCUGGAACGUUAGCAGAAGAAGAGUUCCUCCAUUAUGGUCUUGCUACGCCCAUUUACACUCACUUUACAUCCCCAAUCCGAAGAUAUUCUGAUAUCCUCGUUCAUCGACUUUUGGCUGUUGCUAUUGGAGCAAUGCCAUCAUUUCCUCAAAUGUUUAACAAACAUAAUACACAGGAUAUUUGUAACCAGUUAAAUAAACGACAUCACAUGGCACAACUAGCUGCUAGAGCUUCAGUCGAGCUGCAUACACAGCUAUUCUUCAAAGAUCGCGUUGUGGAGGAAGAAGCUUACAUAUUGUUCAUAAGAAAGAAUGCGUUGCAAGUUUUGAUCCCCAAAUAUGGGAUUGAAGGGAAUAUAUUUUUACGCGAGUUAACAGAACGAAGCAAAUUUGAGGAUGAAGAAUCGUCGUUGACGAUUGACGACGUCACUUUCAGAGUAUUUUCUAAGGUUCGAGUUCAAAUUAAAGUGGAAACAUCCUCAUCUAGAAAUCGAUUUGUUAAUAUUUCCCUCGUUGAACCCUCGGUAACUGGAUUGAGUGUUAAACCAUUGGACACAGACCUUACCGCAGAGACCAUUCAACCAAAAUUAAAGAAGCUAAAAACAGUUUAAGAAGUCAAAAUAAAAAAAAAACAUCACAGGCACACAUACGGAUUCUGGCUAUGUGAUGCUCCAUGGACCGGAGUGAGCAAGUACAGAAACAGUGCAGUCACAUCACUGCUGCUUGACUAAGACGAAUAUAUGAAUAUUCAAUCCCCCAAAAUGAAAUUUCUUGCUACGACCCUAAAAACAUGCAGCUAACAUGCAUGCAUUUAUGAACGUUUCAGAAAGUUGUACGUCGCAUAAUCCCGUAUAUACUAAACGUUUCAUCAUGCAGCAUUGUCAUUAUUAAUAGUGAUGCGGCGAUAUGAAAAUCAGUCAACGGUAAUCUUACCAUGGAUAUUUAUGUAAGGCCGGCUUACCGAUCCAAUCAUUUUCUGCCAUUUCAAAAAAAUUCAAGAUAACGAUUUUAAACUUUCCGAAACGUGCUGAUCAGUAUUAAAGUUUUUUUUAGCUUAAAGAAUGGCUUAACCAUGCAUGCAGGAAAGCAUGCAGGAGGCUUGAAUUAUAUUUUUUACCUUCACCCUUCUUGCUUUGUUAUAAAUAUUUUGGAUCAUAAAAGAAGAAAGAAUAUUUCGAUCUGUACAAUCAAUAUUCAGUUCUCAGUCUUCAACUCUUUGGCCCUGAUUCCACGGGCGCAUUUUCUCGGCGAAAUGCGAAAUAUUUCGCUUGUUUCUUUUGAAUUUCUACCACUUAAAAGAAUCACUUCUGCUUCAUUGCUCAUAAUUCAAAAGAAGCAAGCGAAAUAUUUCGCAUUUCGCUUAAAAAUUUCGCCCGUGGAAUCCGGGCUUUAUAAUCUUCACUGAUCUCAAAGAUUCAUAAGAAUAAAACAGUACUACGCGAUGACAAUUUUAUUAAAGAUAUUAACGCUGAAAUUACUACAUAGAGUAUUCAGUUAUUAUCUGGGUCUAGUACAAGUAAAUUGUUUUUAACAAUUUUUGUUCUACUUCUUUGGACGCCU